AUGGAUCAACUACGGCGGGAUGAUGUUACCGCCGACUUCUUUGGCCCCGACAACGAGGCGACGUUGGCUCCGCCCGGCAGGGUUGCUAUCGCUCGAGACAAUGCCAGGCUCUUCGUCGGGAACGUCAUCAACAAUCAUGCAGCCCCGCCUCGCCAGGACACGUUUGAUAUUGACUCUGAACGGUCGUCUCUCAUGACUACAUCCGGGCUGGAUCCAAUCACGUUGACAGCAAAGGUUUUUGAAGCCGCAACCCCCGUCGCCAGUGCCCUGCGAUCAUGUCAGAAGCAGGCUGCGCGGUUCAAGAUUGGCGCUCUAUCCAUUGCAUCUCUGCACACGGAGUGUUCGGCCAUUCGGACCACGCUUCUCCAGAUUAAGUCUCUACUGUCGCGAGACGGGCAGAAGCCUCUCACGAUCGAGUCUGGGAGGAUCAUCCUCGAAGACUAUUAUGGGGUGCUCGAGUUUAGCUGGCUCCUGUUCAAUGUCAUCCUCAAACAUUUGAGGAGUCUUGGCCUUACCCAUUUUGGGAGUAUCGUGAAAUGGAUGAAAUCAUCCAGGUUCUCGGGCGUCAAGCUCGAGCAGUCGAUCUCUUUCAUGUGGCCUUUCAAUCGCACGUUUUCCGCAGCCAUUCUGCUGCUCAGGGGAACGCUAACAAGACUCAGGGAAACGGAGCACGAAAUAUCCGCCGUCAUGGAAAGCCCGGAAGUGAGGCAGGUCAUUGCAAGCAUCUCUGACGAUACAAUAUCGCUACACGAGUCCUUUUGUACAGCACCCGAAGGCGCAUACCCCCCGGAAACGGCAUCUGUGACUAGCGGGCGAGAGUUUGGUUUUGAUCAAAUUCUAAAAAGCACCGCGCUUUACCGGAGAGCAUCCAUGUUAGCCGGGCAAGGUUUGAUAUUCCAGCACCAGCGCCUGUUUCACAACGCAAAUAUAGAAGAAGCUGGUCCCUCUCAUGCCGAGUCGAUAGCGGCCCCGCAAUUGCCUUUAGCGGUACCACUAAGCAUUCCUCCCAGCAUAUUGCCUACUCCGCGAGACAACGGCAAGCUGCCAGAAGGUAGACAAAUGAUAUCGGAUGACGAACGCCUUAGUGCCUUCUUGCGUGACCGAAGGCCUUCAGUUGGUUCUGACUCGAGCGCGAACACUGUCAAAGCCGCACCGAGUCCACCACAGGUCUCUGUCUACGAAGGUAGUACCAAAGCCGAUUCACUAGUGGAACCCUCUCUAGGGGAAACGGUAUUCAACCCAACCUUUCCCGCCGACGACAGCGUAGACCUGUAUAAAGCAGCCAAAAGACGGCCAACCUUGUUCGAAGUUCUCUACCGGAGAACGACGAAGCCAUACUCAUUAUUUGAGUUCUAUAUAUAUAUGAGAGACGUACAGCAUUCCGUUGACUAUCUCGACUUCUGGCUGGAUGUCUCGCAACACAUGAGUCUCUGUCGACACUACGUGAGAGAGUUGCGAAGGACCGUACUAGUCGACUUCUCCACACACGAAUCGAUAGAAUCAGUGGACGAUGACGGAAAGUCACACACUGGAAGUCAGGUAUUCCCGGGACCGGGUCACUCGGUGGCAAGACAAGACAUUCGAGCGAGCGCCGAGAAGAUCCUCUACACGUUCGUGCUACCCGGAGCGGAGCGUGAAAUCGUCCUGCCCGGCUCCAUUACCCAGGAAUUAACCAGAGCGAUCGAGGAAGACGGCAGGGACGACCCCGAGGUGUUUGACACGGCCAAGGAUUACGUCUUCCUGGCCAUGGAUAGGGAUGCGUUCCCGGGCUUUCUGAAUCUGAGCAGGCCGCUGUUUAGGAUUUUCAGGAGGUCGGACGUACUGGGCUCAUUGGUGAAUAGGUUGUCCAGGGUUAGCCCAGUGUCGCAGGUGGUGCAGUCGUUGUAUGACGGGGGGCAUGGAAUGCAACGUAUUCCGCCCCAGCAACUAUUACAAUCGCUGGGUAACGGAAAGGCGCCACAGAUCUAGCAACGAAGUCUAUUGUCC